AUGGCCCAACCACAUUGACAACACGCGGCACACGCUGCGUCCAGGCCGAUCCGGUGUUGCCGAACAGCCUGCUCGUGUCGCCGCCGCGCGAGUACAAAACACGCUCGGCACGCCACGCGGGGGCGGCACGAGCUUUCCACGGUGGAUUCCCCCCAUCCAUCCCUCUCGCCCGAGUUCCCUGCCUCGCCGUCCCUCCUCUCAUCUUGCUUUCCCCUUCUUCGCCCACGCGGCCGCGGCCAAAGCCCACCGACCGUGCCUGCCUUCCCCCUACCACAUCACCGCCGCGGCGUCCACCCGAAUCCCCCCUCCCACAAGACGACCGAAGAAAAACGGGCAAUCGCCAAAUCCCCGUGAAACCCCAAAGCGGCCGCACCGCGGGCCGAGCCGCCGAGGCGAUGGAGCUUGCGACGCACGACCUCGCGGCGCUGGGCGCGGCCGACCUCGUCCGCGUCUCCGCCUCGAUCCCGCGCGCGGCGCCGCGCACCUUCGCGCUGCUCACCGCGGGCCUCGUCUUCCCGCUCUCCGCCGCGGUGCUCGUCCACUCCCUCUUCACCCACCCCAUCAUCCUCCGCCUCCAGGGCGCCAACGGCGACUACUCCUCCUCCGACUCCGCCCAGUGGCUCAAGCUCUUCGCGUACCAGUUCCUCUACCUCAUCCUCCUCUUCACCCUCUCCCUCCUCUCCACCGCCGCCGCCGUCUUCACCGUCGCCUCGCUCUACGCCGCCAAGCCGGCAUCCAUCGCCUCCUCGCUCGCCGCGCUGCCGCCCAUCCUCCCGCGCCUCCUCCGCACCUUCCUCUGGGUCUCGCUCCUCAUGCUCGCCUACCACCUCGUCUUCGCCCUCACCGUCCUCCUCCUCCUCCUGCUCUUCGCCCCAUCUUCCUCCCCGCCCUCCCUCCCCUUCGUCCUCAUCCUUGUCGUCGUCGUGUUCGUCUUCCUCGCGAUCCAUGUCUACAUCUCCGCAUUGUGGCACCUCGCCAGCGUCAUCUCCGUGCUCGAGCCGCUCUGCGGUCUCGCCGCCAUGACAAAAAGCAAGCAACUGCUUCAAGGGCGCACCCGCACGGCCGGCGUGCUCGUCGUCUCCUACUUCGCCGCCUGCGGCGUUACCGCUGUGCUGUUCCGCGCGGCCGUAGUCAAGGGCCGCGGCGAGGAGGGGAGCCUUGGCCUGAGCUUGCCCGGUCGGGUGCUUGCUGGUGCUGUGCUGGUGUCUGUUCUUGUCUGCGUCAAUUUGCUGGGGCUACUCGUGCAGAGCGUGUUUUACUACGCUUGCAAGGCCUUCCACAACCAGCAGAUUGAUCGAAGCGCAUUGUAUGAGCAUCUCGGAGGGUACCUUGGUGAAUACGUGCCUCUCAAGAGCAAUAUUCAGAUGGAGAACCUUGAUGCAUAAAGGAACCGUGAAGAUCAAGGGAUAUGUAAUGUGGUGACUACCUGAAGAAAUCUGGUGAGCUGCUCCUGUUCCUAAUGUAGUUUAUCUGGCUGAGCCUGACUGAAAAGGCAGGAUAACGACAGUUAUUGCUAACUGCCCAUCUUCUUAGAGUAGCAUCUGAUAAAUUCAACUUGUCAACCACCAAAUUCACUACCCUGGCUCCCAACACCAGACUGGGCAAGGAAUUCCACCCAUGAGUUGAGAUCGACACACCCGACUGGGCAAGGAAUUCCACCCAUGAGUUGAGACCGACAGAAGCUGGAGCUGGAGAUUUGGACGCUGAUGAGUGAUGAUUCAUGGAGCCGUCGUUGUUUGUAGCAGGAACAUGCGUAUGCUCAUUUCAGGAACAUGCGUAUGCUCAUUUCGUUUUUUUAUUUGGGGGGACUGCAGCUAUAGCACUAUAGCAGCUGCCAAAUGCUAUGAGAUAACAUAUGAUGCAUUUAUGCACUUCCUAGUGCUCUAGUACUUCACCUAUAGCACUCUUGAAGAUGCAUGUGAGCACUCAAAGGACAAGUUACAGUCGAUUGCUCAUUUUGAGUAAUUUGGUGGGAGAUUUCUUUGACAAUAACAUAUAACAAUGAAUUUAUGUUAGUUUGGCACA